AGCAAAUGUAUUCAAGUCAGUCCAACCAUUGCUAGCGACCUGAUCGUAGCAGAAAGAUGGAUCACUUAUGCUUUUACAUGGUGAUAUUUUUCACGGGAUUAUUUUUCGCGAAUUCCCAGGAUCCACAAAUUAAUAGCACACUAGGUAUAAUUGUUGGAAACCUAAAAAAUAUAUCUCUUCCAGGAUUUAACUAUACAAAUGUAAAGGAAUUUCUCGGCAUUCCCUUUGCCAAACCGCCAGUUGGGGAGCUGCGAUUUCGCAAUCCAGAACCGAUGGAAUCAUUACCAAGUUCGCCGUUUUAUGCCAAGAAGCAUAGUGCCAUAUGCCAGCAGAUUCCUUCCGUGGAGAUUCCAUUUAUAACAGACCACAAAAGCGAGGACUGUUUAUAUCUUAACGUAUAUGUGCCAGACAGACCAGCUGAUAUCACACCUGGACAUGCUGUAAUGAUUUGGGUAUAUGGAGGUGGGUUUCAAGAGGGAGGUGCAACUACGUAUGAUUUUUCUUUACUUUCUAUAACAAGUAACAUAAUUGUAGUCACUAUCAACUACAGGGUCGGCGUAUUUGGGUUUCUCAGCACUGGAGAUGAUAAUGCACAAGGUAAUUAUGGUCUUUGGGACCAACAUUUGGCUUUCAAAUGGGUUCAUGAUAACAUUGAAGACUUCGGAGGAGAUAAUCAAAGAGUUACAAUAGCUGGUGAAUCUGCCGGUGCUAUGAGUGUUAUUCAACAUGGUCUUAUUCCAGACAAUCGAGGAUAUUUCCAAAGAAUCAUUGCCCAGAGUGGAAGUAUGUCUUCUCCUAUUCUACACAUGGACAGAGAUAUAUUCAAAGAUGUACAAGCCAUAGCUUACUUCCUGGGAUGUAAAACUGACCCAAUGGAUGAGUUAAUGCAGUGCUUAAGAGAGAAGAGUGUAGAUGAUUAUCUAAGUGUAUUGAAAGAACUUGGGAACAAAGUUAUGUUCAGUCCAAGAGUAGACGAGAAGCUUAUAAAAAUCAACCCUCGGUAUAUUGCAAAGAUGUCCGAAAGUUUAGAUGAAGUCGAAUUUUUCCGUUCAUUGGAUAUUUUGAGUGGUUUUAACGCCAACGAAGGGGCGUCUAUGUUGUAUUAUAUUAUUAAUGCAACUCAUUUAGAAACCAUGCAGCCUACACGUGAACAAGUGAAAAAGGAGCUCUUGCCAAAACUGAUCAAAUUCAUUUAUGGGAAAGAUUUUGCAGACACACUCAUGCAUCUAGUAGAAGCUCAAUACACGGACUGGACAAAUCCUAAAGACUACAAAUCCAUUCGCUUACAGAUUGAAAAACUUAUGGGUGAUGCGACUUUCGGUGUACCGGCCGUAGAGAUGGCCCGUCUUCAUAAAGUGCCGUCUGCUUCGAGAAACUUCAUGUACCACUUCGCGCCAAGACCAUCUUACCAGCCUUUACCUUCACCAAGCUGGUUACCAGGAGCAGGUCAUGCUGAUGAGAUUCCGUUUGUUAUGGGAGCAUUUGGUUUACUUGGUGUUGGUGAUGAGAAUGCUUGGGAGAACGAACUUAUCAUCAAAAUGAUGACAUAUUGGUCAAAUUUCGUCAAAUCUGGUGAUCCUAACGGGCCUGAACCCGUUUACCCGUCCUGGCCGCAAUACAGCACGGACAACGGAGAUUAUCUGGUGCUGGACAAAUCCAUGUCUGAUGAAUCUGCCAAGCAACAUUUCUAUGCGGAAGAGGCUAACUUCUGGCUGGAAGUAUUUCCGGAUAUUGUUGAUGCUGUACACGACAAGGAAGAUUGUGGGGACGGAAUCUUCACAAGUGCUGCUCCAAAUGUAUCUGUUUAUAGGACUGUUUCGUUGAUUUUGGCAAUGGUAUUAUCAUUCGCAACCUUUCUUUAAAGCUGUGAUGUCAAACAUGUUGAACACUGCAUUCAGUUGAUAAUUUCCUGAUGAACCGUAUCCCCUUUCUUUUUCAUUUCAACAUGAUCAACAAUUAGGUAAAAUUUGCUAGACGGUCGAAGGGAGACAACAAGGUAAAGCGUUGAUCUCAAUAAACAAGGAAAGAUAAUAGAAUCGAUUUUUGCACAAUUCUUCAGUAUGUUUGAAAAAGGAAUGAUAUUGAAUAACCAUCCAAAAGCGAACAGAACAGAACCAUCCAAAAGAGACACCGAACAAUCUGCAAAACAAGUUCAAAUUACUCAUGACAUUAUUGUAUACAUAGCUUUAAUGUAGAAUACUUCAUUUUGUCAACCCCGUUUCAUAGAACGCGUGAAAAAUCAUAUUCAAACUAUUUGCCUACGGCUUAAGGAGACAUGUAUCCUGACUGGUAGUCACUUUUGUAAAACAUUGAGUUUCAGACAUAAAUAUUAUUUUACAUAAUAUUGUGGAAUGCGAAAAAGUAAAAAGCUAAUUAAAAAGCAUAUCCGGGCUAGUUUACGUAAUGGCGAACAGAAAAUAAUCCUUUCAUUUUCUAGUUGAAAUACCAUUUAUCUGAUAUAUGUAGGUCAAUUAUUGCUUAUUUUUCGUAACUUUUAUUUAAAAGGAUCUAAAGUAAGCAAGCCUUGCUACUCGUGUAAUCAUACUUUUGUUUUAACUGUCAUUUUUGAAGAUGUUUCAUUGUACUCACAUGUCAAACUGAGAUCUAUUCUAAGAAAUAUAUGGCCUCUAUUUUUCUUUUCUUUUUCCUAUUUUUCUCCUCUUUUUGUAUAAAGGUCAUUUAUGAACAUAAACACAUCCCAUACACAUUUACAUGAUAUUUUUGAAAAUUAAGGUUAUAUAUUAUGUAGAACAAAGAACGAAAAAAUCUACUAUCGUUCAACCUUUAAUUAAUGGUACAAAGACUAACAAAAUUAUUUCUAUUUUGCACAUUAUUCUACACAGUUACGGUCUAUAAAUGUUUUAAAUAAUUAAUUCUGCCUGUAAUUUGCAAAUAAUUAUUACUAAGGCGUAAAAAAUUGUUUGUUUCCGGUAUCCCGACCUACCCAAAAUUUUUGGCCCGACCCAUAAUGUUUUUAUGGCCUUGUAGAAUUUUUUUUUCAACUUUUUGACAAAAAGUUACCAAACUGCACUUUUUAUGCUUUAAACAUAGUCAGUGGUGUUAGAAAUAAACUUCCUGAUGCUCUAAAGGCAUAACCCCCUUAUUUGUAUUCAUUUUGUUUUGACACAAAAAUAAUUUCCGAAAAGUCUCCCUUAAUAAAAAAAAUCAAAAAAUCUGACCUACCAACCCUAAUUUUGUUCGCAUGUUACCGGAAACAAAGAAUUGUUUUAGGCCUAAUUAAUGUAAUGCCUCUAUCUUACAUAUAUACGUUCUGCGUCUCCAUUUUGUUUUAUUUCAUUUUAUGUUUCAAGUUUAUUCAGAAUAGAAAAGUAGUUUAAUUAAGGUAUUUUAAAAUCCUACUUAUUACCCUUCUUUGUGUCACGUGAUCAAGAAUGUUAUUAUGUAUACCCUAUCUUAUAUAUUAUGUAAUAGAAUUAAUAAAUUUCCCUUUCCUUA